AAAAAUAUAUAAUGACUGAAGAGUUACAGAAGUACUGUAGAAUAUGCUUAGAUCUUGAGACAGAUCAUGUUUCUAUUAUUGGGGACCCUACUAUUCAUCUUCACUUAAAAUCAUGUCUCGCAGUAACGAUAUCUCCGGGUGAUAAUCUUCCUAAAAGCAUUUGCGCUUCAUGCGUCUCACAAUUGGCUCAAUUCUACAAUUUCCAACUCAAUGCACGUUGCUCUCAAGAUUGGUUGGAGUCAUCCAUAGAAGAAAAGUCUAAAAAGUGCUUGGAAACCAAAACACCAAUCCAACCCCUACCAGACUCCGAAUAUAACUCGGAUUCUUUAUUAGAAUUUUUGAAUAACACUGCAAAUAUUGAAGAAUAUUUAAAUAAUUUAGGUAAGGAAGACAUUCCUUCUAUUGUAAAUUUAUUAGAUAGAAAUGAAAAAUGCAUAUCAUUCCAUGCCAAAGACACCAAAGUUCCAUCACCCAAGAAAAAAAGUAAUUUUGUUAAACAAAGUAAAAACUGUGAUAUUAAAAUGGAAAUAGAUGUUUUAGAUUCUGAUAUUGAAAUAGUUCAGGAGCUGCUGAUAAAAGAAACUGAACCGAAAGAAAAGAAUGCUCAUGAAGAUGAUUCCUCAUGUUUUGCGUGCGGUGCAAUUUUUAACGAUAUUCACAAACUCACCCAGCACAUGAGUGUAUGUGAUGCAGCAUUACGUACUUGUGUUCAUUGUAAAAUGUUGUUUGAUUCCAAAAUUAAAAUGCAGCAACAUUUAUUGACUCAUAACUUACUAUCUUGUAAAUGUGGUAAGCAGUUCCAGAGUAAGGAGAAGUUAAUACAGCACCACAAAACUUGCCUUGUGGAUUAUGGAGCAGUAAUGGGUUGCUUGUAUCGUUGUAAAGAAUGUGGGUUGACUUUCAAGGAAAGAUUUCAGCUGUAUAAACAUGCGAGGAGACAUGUACACAAAUCUGAGGAGAAAAUUUGUGACAUUUGUGGACACAGUUUCAUUGGAAAUGUUGCAUUAACUAAACAUAAAUUAGAGGAACAUGAAAAGUCUGAAAAUCUUAUGUAUAGAUGUAAAGUAUGCAGCAUCACCUCCUCUAAUCGUAAGGAAAUGUAUCUUCAUGUGAAAAGCCAUACUUUCAAACAAGAGAGCAGUUUCCAUCUCUGUGAGUCAUGUGGUUGUAAUUUUUCUACACAUUCCUCUUUGCUACGCCACUUGACAAAACAUGAGAAAAUGAAAAACCUACAAUGUAAUGUGUGUUCAAAAUAUUUUACUAAUGACAUUUUAUUGAAGGAGCACAAAUCACAGCACAGUAAAAUCAUUAUUUGUGAACGAUGUGGCCAGACAGUCAAUGGGUCCAAGAUAGACCUGCAUUGUUGCAAAUAAAAAAAAAUAUCAAACGAAUAAAUCAGUUGCCAC